AUGAGUUAUAGUUUUCAAGAAAACACUUCCUUGCCAUCAGGGCUAGAACUAGAUGAGGCAUCACCAGAAUGGCACAGCAAAGCAGACAACGGAUGGCAACUUACAGCAACAACUAUGGUUUGUCUACAAAGUGUUCCUGGUCUUGUAAUACUAUAUGGAAGCAUGGUAAAGAAGAAAUGGGCUGUGAACUCUGCUUUUAUGGCCUUAUAUGCAUUUUCAGCAGUUCUUGUUUGUUGGGUCUUAUGGGCCCAUCAAAUGUCAUUUGGUGACAAAAUGAUCCCAUUACUAGGAAAGCCCAAAUCAGCCCUUUCUGAAAGGUACCUUUUGGGCCAAUCAAGAUCUGGUCAGGUUCCUAUGGCUGACUAUGUGUUCUAUCAGUUUGCUUUUGCUGCUAUUACAGUGAUUUUAUUAGCUGGGUCUUUGCUUGGGAGAAUGAAUAUUUAUGCUUGGAUGCUUUUUGUUCCUUUAUGGCUAACACUUAGUUAUACAGUUGGGGCUUUUAGUAUUUGGGGAGGAGGGUUUCUUGAAGACCAUAUAAUUGAUUAUGCAGGUGGCUAUGUUAUUCAUUUAUCUUCUGGUGUGGCUGGUUUCACUGCUGCUUAUUGGGUAGGACCCAGGCAUUCACAUGAUAGGCAGCACUUCCCACCAAACAACAUAAUUCACAUGUUGGGAGGAGCAGGGUUUCUGUGGUUGGGAUGGACGGGGUUCAAUGGUGGAUCUCCAUUUGCUGCUGGUCUUAUUACAUCAUUGGCAAUUUUAAAUACACAUAUUUGCACUGCCACAAGUCUUUUGGUAUGGGUUUCCUUUGACAUGAUCAUUUACAAGAAAAGCUCUGUCAUUGGUGCUGUCCAAGGGAUGAUCACUGGCCUUGUCUGCAUCACCCCUGGUGCAGGAGUAGUAGAACCAUGGGCAGCAUUGUUGAUGGGAGCAAUGUCUGGUUCAGUAACAUGGUACACCAUGAUGGUAUUGCACAGAAGAUCAGCAUUAUUCCAAAGUGUCGAUGAUACAUUAGCCGUCUUUCACACGCACGCAGUGGCUGGCCUUCUCGGAGGCAUUCUGUCCGGCAUCUUUGCUAAACCUGCCCUUCUACGGCUAAUGUAUCCGAAGUCCACAUAUGGAACGGGGUUAAUGUAUAGCUUCACUGAUGGAAGACUCAAAAAUGGCUUUAAGCAAAUGGUUUCCCAGGUUGAAGGAGCAGCUUUUAUUACUGCUUGGAAUGCAGUUGUCACAAGCUUAAUUUGUAUUCUGAUAAGCCGCAUAGUUAAUCUUAGGAUGGAAGAAGAUGACCUGGAAAUAGGCGAUGAUGCUGUACACGGCGAAGAAGCCUAUGCACUUUGGGGUGAUGGAGAGAUAAUGCCAAAAGUUCGUCGUCAUCCACGACUUCGGAGACUACCUGCUUUUUGCCAAUGGCUGCUUUGAUACUCUCUGACUGCACUCAAAUCUGUUACGAGCAUCUAAUAAGCUAUGAAGUCUUAAGGAAUAUGGUAAUACUCAUUACAGAAGCUUUUGUUCAGUUUUUAUCAGACUGUUGCACCUGCCUGCAUUCAAAAUGUCAAUUUUCAUGUGGGAAGAGAAAAAAGCUGUAAGAAAAUUUCCAGAAAGAGAAAUUCUUAAGUGAAUAAUCAUUCACAGUGUAUCAUCCUGUACGACUUCACAAUUUCAGAAGUAGUCUUAUCGAGGAUGAGGGUGUUUUAUGUGAAGCACAAUCUUUAAGGAAAGAACUGUCAUUCACAACUACUAAA